GUCAUCCUCACCAACCGCACGCCGAUCUGCGGAUCACAUCGUCCACGGGAUGGAUAACGACAUCGCCGAACCUGACCCAUCCCGGCAGCGCAAUGGUGUCGUGGAAGGGCUUUAUGGAGAAUUCACGGACUCGCUCAACGCAAAGGUCAGAUAUUCUGUGAGUUUGACUGAGAGUGCUCUCACUAUUCAAAAGAUCUCAUCGUCACCUGGACAGGAUGAGGUGGUUUUCCAUUUAGCUGACUGUCUUGGCUGCCUGGCUUAUAAAGUGGAGGACGAAGCGGAUGUUGGGGCGUUCUUUACAGCCUAUUUCUACCCGUUCAAGAGGCGAUGGAUAAGCACAGGCAUGGCCCGGCAGAAAGUAGAGCAGUGCUUUCGGGUCGCACUGGUCCAGGACCCUCUCACUAAUCUUCAAGAGGCAGAGCGAUGGGCGCGUGCCAUCAGAGAGGCUUCUAUCCGCCAGAUACCCCGACGACAUGAUGUGAAGUAUUAUGAGCUACGGCGGCCCUGCAGGGUCAUGGUUCUGGUGAACCCACAGAGUGGGCGGGGCCAGGCUCUCCAGCUUUUCUCUGGGCAAAUCGAGCCCAUGCUCACCGAGGCUUCAGUCCCCUACACAUUGGUCAUCACUGAGCACCAGAACCAUGCGAGGGACCUGGUGAGAGAGACUGAUCUGUCACAGUGGGACGCUCUGGUCAUCCUGUCAGGAGACGGGCUGCUGUUCGAGGUGUUGAAUGGUCUUCUGGAGAGAGAGGACUGGGAGGCGGCCAUCCAGACCCCACUGGGCAUCUUACCAGGGGGCUCGGGCAACGCCCUGGCAGCCUCUGUCCACCACUACACUAAGUCUCCCCCGGCCUGGGGUAAGGAGCUGCUGCUGAGCUGUGGCUUCCUGCUGUGUAAAGGCCUGGUGACUCGGCUCGACCUGGUCUCUGUCCACCUGGCCUCCAGCCAGCGCAUCUUCUCCUUCCUCUCCCUGGCCUGGGGCUUCGUGGCCGACGUCGACAUCGAGAGCGAGAAGUACCGCCUCGUUGGCCCCAUGCGAUUCCUGGUGGGUACGCUGAUGCGCCUGGCCUCCCUCAAGGUAUAUCAAGGUAGGCUGGCAUACCUGCCUGCUCCUCCCUUCACACCCCAGAACUCCUCCCUCUGCUCCUCUCUACCCUGUGGGCCCAACAGCUCCCCCAAUCAGAACUCUCGCCACAACCACAUCACAAACUCCAACCACAGCACAAACUCCAACCACAGCACAAACUCCAACCACAAUACCGCCCACAACUCCUCCAACAUUGCCAUCACAACCAUGAGGACUGAGCCCCAACCAGUCAACCAGAAGGGGCCUCCUGACUCGCUCCUAGCAGACCUGGAGCAGCCGGUGCCUGAUCAUUGGACAGUAGUGAAUGAGGAAGACUUUGUACUGGUAUUGGCCAUGUUCCAGUCCCACUUGGCUGAGGACCUGUUUGCAGCCCCUGGGGCCGCAGCAGACGACGGCUUCAUCCACCUGUUGUAUGUGCGUGCAGGCAUCUCCAGGCUAGCUCUGCUCACACUCUUCAUGACCAUGGAGAAGGGGCACCUGGCUAUUGGCUGCCCACACCUUGUGUAUGAGAGGGUGAAGGCCUUUCGCCUGGAGCCUCUGUCCCCCGAGGGAGCGAUCACUGUGGACGGGGAGAUGGUGGAGUACGGGCCAGUACAGGCCCAGGUUCAUGAAGGAAUCGCCAGGCUCAUCUCAGGCUGAGAAUCUACUCGGAGAGUUUGUCCUCCCCACAGCUCUGACUUCUUGCUCCCUUUCUUACUCUGUCUACUGUAUAUACAAAGUGCCAAAGACAUUAUAUCAGCCUUUGGAAAAUCCCCCCUCUUUUUUUCUACAGAUACAUUCAGUAUCUAUCUCUGUGUCCUGUUGUUUAGAGAUCCCUCCCUUUCCUCUCCAUGCUUCAUUCAGGGUCAAAGCCAUGGAUGUUCUUGCAGCUGGCUGGUCUCAGCUAAGAGUGUGUGUGUGUGUAUGAUAGUGUUUUGUGAGCGGUGUGUUUAGUAGGGAGGGGCCCAUGGCUGUGGAGUACCUUGUGUACACUUAUUAGUGUGACACAAGUGAAGAGAAGCACAUUCUUCUGUCCCGCGAGGAUGUGGCAGGCAACCAGCUCUACGCCCGCUAUCUAGCCCCGGGGUAAUCAUUCUGUGGAGGAUGAGACACGGGCCUGACAUGUAGGCCUUCCCCCCUCAGGAUAUACUGUUCGAGUCAUGGAUGUAGGUUCUCUAUGGAUAAGCACAACGUUGGAGAAUGCAGCAUUGUAAACCUCCACCAAUGAUAUUAGGUUACUCUUCUCCCUCUCACCAGUGAAAACCUCCCCUUUACCUCUGUGUUUAAUGGAUGGGGUGGAAGGGGUUAGGUGCUAGUGAGGUCGUGUUAAAGCAGCGUGGAGGUUCAGGAACCUGGCCAGCUGAGGUUACCUUCUUAUAUAUCUCGCCUGUCUCCUACCCUGCUGCUGCUGCAGCUCAAACCAACAUGCUUCUUGGACCACCUUCUUCCUGACACACACACACACAGGCUUGACACUCCCUUUCAGAUCUGGAGCACUCAGCAAGGAGGGGGAUGGUCUCGUCUGCUACAUAUGACCCCUUCUGGCUGUGUUAAGGUUGUACUCCCUCUUCCUUCACAAGAUGUUGGAGCCAUCAGCACCUAAUGUGUCUUUAUUCUGAAGCUUUAUGGGUGAAUGAAAAAUACUAGCGGAUAGAACUACAAGCAGUUGAAGAUGCAGCACCAUUGUUGAUUUUUAUGAACGGUUUUAUUGUAGAUAAAAUAAUAUAAAUAUUUCUGUUGUUUUCUGUCCAAGCACACACUAAGGGAAACAGGGUUUUGCACUACGCAGCACUGCAUGGGUCAGUGGGUUUUGCACAUUGAUUCGAUCAAUAAGAGUUGGAGCGACCAGGCCAGAGUGCUGCGCUCUCUACUGGGGCCUUUUUCUUGUCGGGGUGGAGAUGAGGAACAUUAGUGCACAGGAGCAUUAGUGCACAGGAGCAUUAGUGCACAGGAGCAUUAGUGCACAGGAGCAUUAGUGCACAGGAGCAUUAGUGCACUGGAGAAUUAGUGCACAGGAGCAUUAGUGCACAGGAGCAUUAGUGCACUGGAGCAGAGACAAGCGCAAAUGUGAGCAUUAUCAUCAGUUCUACUCGCACCAGUUCAUGUCAGGUCAGGUUCACCCCAGAGAUAUAACAAUUACUGGUUUAACUAAUCCUAGAGCACACACUUGGUUUGGUUUGACUCAAAAUGUCAUAUGGGUGGAAGGGUUUUAAUGUACUGUAUAAUGAAUCUAAAAGGAUGCUUAAAAUGACUCUACCUGAAGGUAUGCUGACUGCAGAUGUAACAUUAACUUCUCCCAUUCUGAUUUCAAUCUUCCAUGUCUGUGCCUGUACCUGACUUUGAUAUGCCUUUAGAUAAAUACAAGUUUAAGUUUCAUUUGUCACAUGCACAACAUGCUUAACUUGAAAGCCCUACCCAACAGUGCAGUAUUAUAUACCUCAGGUACGGUAGCUCAUGCUAGACUGUGUAU